AUGGAUAAAACCCUGUGUGAAAAUUUUGAUACAUUGAGAAACUAUUUACCCGAUGACUCAAGCAAUUCUACAGCUAGUGAUAUUAAUAAUUUAGAGAACAUUAAGUAUUACUGCUCUAAUGAAGACUCAGAGGAAGCAGAAUGUGAGACUGAGUUCGAUAAAAUUAAGGCUGGGUGUUUAUGGUUGUUUGAGCAAUUGUUUGUGAAAAAUGGAAAAAAUAUCAAUACUGUUCAAUACAUUAUCAUAUGGUUAAGUUAUAAACUAAAUCAAAAGACAUAUGAAGGAAUCAAGGAUCUAAAUGAGUUUUACACUAAAUAUAUAGAAAAGAAUAGGCAUUAUACUGGUUGUAAACAAGGUGGUAAAGAUUGUAGUGGUUCAUUAACAAAAAAUACAGGUUAUCAAAAUUAUAAGGAAAUCAUAGAUAAAAAAAAGAAAUUGUUGAACAUUAAUAUUGAAAAUAUGUCUAAAUUUUAUGAUGCAUUUAAAUUAUUAUGUAACAUGUAUACUAAAUUUUAUGCAAACAGAAAUAAUAAAGAAUAUUUAAAUUGUGCCAAACAAUUUGUUGAAAAAUAUAAUGAACUUAAUAACGAUUCUGUUAAUACUAAAGAUGACGUCUAUUGUCAAGUAUUGUCUACAUUAUCAAAUGAUUAUAAUGAUUUUAAAAAUUAUUGUGAUAGUAAUGGCGUUGAUUGUAGCGAAAUUACAUUCCUUACAUCGACAAAUACAGAAGAAAAUGGUGUGCAAAUUUCUGAAAAGAUUUGUGAUGAUACACCAAGCUUGUCGAUAUGUUCGUUAUUUGUAUUACGGAAAAGAGCUCAAAAAGAAUAUUUAAAAGAAAAGGUAAAAAAAUAA